AUGGCGCUCCGAUUCCUCACAGUGCGGACGUUUCAAAGUUUUGCCACUGGCGGAUUAUUAGUGCGCUAGUCUCGAUCAACCAUGGACUUUUCUUUGUUCGUGUUGCUCUGGAUAACAAGUGCCUUGAACGUGGAAGGAGCUCUUUUCCUACAAGUAUUCGAUACUUUACCCCAAGACAGAGAGGUGAACCCCGGUGAACUGAUUGUGAUUCCUUGCAAGGUACGCAACCGAAAAGGAGAAUGCGCAUGGCUUAAAGACGGUGUUGUAGUUGGAAAGAUUCCUGGAAAAUACACUUUCAACAGAGAACCCGAUGAUGGCGACUGUGGUAUCACUAUCACUAACACACAACUCGAAGAUGAUGAUGGCUUGUGGCAAUGUCAGGUGACGCAAGCAUCUCUUCAGGAGCUGACUCUCACCUCUCCAGAAGUGAAAUUAACUGUAAGAGAGGCCCCUUAUCCACCCAUUAUCGAAGACACUACCAUCCAGAUAGUGCAGGGUGACCCCUUCACUGCACGUGCGAACGAACCAAAGCGUCUCCACUGCAUUGCAAGGAAAGGAAAUCCACCUGCAACCCUCAAAUGGUUCUUGAACGACGUCGAGAUUACCACCAAUGUCAACCAGACAAACAUCCGAGACUUGGAGAAGAGAAAAACAUGGCAGGCCGUCAGCGCCCUUGAUAUGACCUUCACAAAAGAGGACAAUCACAAGAUGCUCAAGUGUGUCGCCAUUCACGAUGCGUAUGACACCAAGGCGAAAGACAUAACAGUGCAAUUGGAGAUCUUGUAUCCACCCGAAAUCAGCCUGGAGGGCAAACCGAAGGAAGAAAUCAUCGAGGGAAUGUCCCUCAUUCUCCGGUGCAGGGCCGAUGCCAAUCCCAAAGCCAACAUCAUCUGGAGGAAAUCCGGCCACUCCGGCAUCUAUGAUAUCAAAGACCACAUCGAGUUCAACCCUAUUCGGAGGACUGAUUCGGGAGUUUACAGCUGUUCAGCCAAAAAUGACAUAGGACAGAGUCAGGAAAUGGAAAUAACGGUUGAUGUGAAAUAUAAACCGAAGAUAAAUAAUGUAUAUCCUUCUCCAAGAACUACAGUAAGUCUGUAUCAGAGCACAAGAUUAGUAUGUGAAGCGGAGGGAAAUCCUGCUCCAAAAUAUUCAUGGCUGCAAAGAAUAGGAGGCGACCCAGUGAUUUGGCAAGAGCGUACGAAUAAUGCCACAUUUUACAUCAACAAUGUUACAUAUAGCUAUCAAGGGAUAUAUUUAUGCCAAGCUUCGAAUACAAUCAAUGGCAUUUUUAACACUUUGAAAUCGGAAGAAAUUUUCUUGGAUGUUAUUGGACCACCUCAGAUUCUUGUGGACACUUUUCCAGUAACCUCCCAUUUGGUUGUAGAUAAAGAUGAGAAUGCAGUGAUCGUAGUUCUCUUUUGUUCUGAUCCAGAUCCAAGAAAGACCUUCUGGGAAUGGGAAACCUUCAGAAUGGACACCAAUUCAAACACAGGAAGACAUGCUGCUGAAGACAUUCAAAGAAUUCCAAAUCAGGAUGACUGUUAUGAAGCUAAACUGACUAUUCAUAGUGUAGAAGGUGGCGACUCUAAAACCUAUACUUUAGUAGUUGAAAAUGAAAAAGGGCGUGAAACUUUUUCUGUCGCAUUAGAAGUCAGAGAGCCCUUUCUUCUAACUAUGAUGAUUGGAGGAGCAAUAAUAAUUGUGCUCGUGCUGAUCUGUCUCAUCGCACUCCUCAUAUGUCUGUUUAAAAGAGAAAAAUGCUGUUUUAGCCAUUCCAGUGGCUUUAAACCUGCACCUGAAAGCAUUGUGGAAAAUGGAUGUCCAGACAAUGACAGAGCUGAUCUGACGACAGCUAAGACGGUUCCGUAUUGUACGAAUCCAGGAAUCAAAGGGAAGAUAGCAACUAUAGGAGAGGAUCCAUUUUAUAAAGACGGUAAGAAGGCCGACAGAAACGAUAACAGAGAUGGCAUAAGUUUUGGCAGCUUGGAGUCUAGCGUCCUUGAACCUGACCACAGAGAUCAGCCAAUUGUCACAGCCACCGCGACCAUCAACAACAGCCGCAUAAAAGUGCAUCCCCAAGCGAACAUCAACACUCACGAGACUUCUAGUAUGCGUGGCAACCAUCGUUCCGAUUACCGACCAUACCAAAGUCCAUCUGUAGAACAGGCUUACAUCUGAACAGCUUGAGUUUCACACCUUCUGGAACUAACUCACUGAACACUUCACAUGAUGAGCCAUUUUUAGAUCAGAUACGUUUCCUGUUAUUGGUAAGACUCAUUGACUUACAUCUGAACAAUUUCACCUUUUGGUACUGGACGUUUCAUUUGAUCGGACACGCUUUGUGCUGAUGGAUUAGACUACUUUCUUGAUGUUGGCGAGACACAUUAAGACUUAUGCAUCGUGGCGUACGGCUUGUGUGCUAACGACGUCCCGGUGUGACAUCCACUAAUUUGUAUUGUGAUUUACUUCCGGAUGUCAUCGUCCUGUCCUUGAGUGUUAUUAUGUUCAUAUAGACCUAAAAUUCAGGGAAAGAUCGAGUUCCCUAAAUGGGACUUCCUAGUGGACAUGUAUUCUAGGACAAGAUGGAAUUUUUAUCAUUGGAUAAAACACAUACCAGUAAACUAAAUGUGUGUUAAACUUGGCGCUUAUCCUGAAGGAUAUAUACUUCGCUAUGAUAAUAUAUGUAAUACGUUAGCUAUAUACAUAUACUGUCUUGUAACUACAUCUGGAUAACCCUAGAGCGAAUAUUUAAAGUUUUGCAGGAGCUGUGAUUGGGCCAUGUUGAGAUCGUUAAAAACGAGCUCCACAUUUGAUGUUGAUAUUUCGAAUUUUAGUGCAAAAAUUAAUGAACUGUGCAUAGAAAAUGUGUAUGCAUAGAUCAUAACCUGUUUUAGCGAUGAUGAAUUAGAGGUUAUUUGUGAAAUUUAAUACAAAGUCAAAUGUAAAAAAGAGGAUAUAUGAAGUUUAUAUCAUAUAUGUAUGCUUUAUGUAUUAUUUUAUGAAAUUUAUUUAUUAUUAUUAUUUACUUUUCAUCUAGGAUGGUGCAGUGUAGUAGCAAUCUGAGAGUGUGUAGUAAAACUAAAUUAUUUUAACAAAUUAGAAACUGAUGAAAGAAACAUUACAAUUAAUUACUAUUAUUUUAUAAAAUUUAUUUACAUUUUUUUUUAACUUUUCAUUAAAAUGUGAUUUCUAUUAUUUUAUAAUAUUUAUUUGUAGGUUUUUUUUCUUUUUUUUUACUUUUCAUUUAGGAUGGUGCAGUGUAACAGCAAUCUGAGAGUAUAUAGUAAAACUAAAUUAUUUUAACAAAUUAUAAACUGAUAAAAGAAACAUUAUAAUUAAUUACUAUUAUUUUAUGAAAUUUAUUUACAUUUUUAAUUUUUAUCUAGGAUGGUUCAGUGUCUAGCAAAGAGUAAAUAGUAACACCAAAUCAUUUUAACAAAUUAUAAAUUGAUAAAAGAAACAUUAAAAUGUGAUUACUUCUGAAGUCUGUGUUAUAAAG